GAGAGAGAGAGAGAGAGAGAUGAAGGGUAACUAAGAAAAGAGUGGGGAAGAAGCAGAUGUAAAGAUAGUUUGUACAGUCACCAUGUCACUUGAACAAACUGCAUGUGAAGAUUUAAAAGCAUUUGAGCGGCGAUUAACGGAGGUGAUAAACAGGUUUCAGCCUUCCACCGUAAGAUGGAGAAUGACAACACUCAACAGAACAUGCAUUUCAGUGGUCUUGACAGUGGCUGUACUGAGCACAGCCUUUGGGGCAUACCUCUUGCUCACUGACCCCAUCACACACAGCGCAACACUUCCUCAGUCGCUCAUCAACCAUCUCUUCUUUACUGUUGCUGUGUUUUCUCUAGUCUUACUGUUCAUAGUGGGGAUCCACAAGAAAGUGGUUUUCCCCUCAAUCAUUACAUCACGAACCCGCAUUGUUUUAUCGGAUUUUAACAUGUCCUGCGAUGACACUGGGAAACUUAUCUUAAAGCCAAGACCAACCAAUACCUAAGAAUGAUAAAACUUAGGAUAUUUUGUAAAUUUGGGACUAUUUCUUUUUUUGUUUUUUUGCCAGAGACCUGUAUUUUACAGGUAAAAGGAAAGCAUGAACAGUUGGUGUACAAAAAUUACUUGACUGUGGGAUGUAGUAAUUCUAAUGUUUCAAUGUUUUAGUUAAGAAAAAAAUUAUUAUAUAAACUGCACAGAUUAUCCUGUGCUGUGUCUCUCUGUGACACUUUGGUCCAUAUAAACCAGAAAAGCAUUAUGUAUAAAUUUUAGUAGGAGUUUACAGUGUUGAAUGAAUAAGCAGCUUACAUUUUAGUAUCUUUUUGUACAAAAGGGAUGAUGAGAAGGAAUUUCCAGCGUCAUGUAUAUAUAUUAGGCCAUUUGUUCAGUUUUUUUCUUUUUAUAUGGGAAGAAACAUUAAUUUAUUGACUGACUCUUAUAGAUGAACCUUGAUAUAAGGUAGUUUUUUCCUGUUUAUGGUAGUACAAACAUUACAUAAUUAAUAAGGUUUUGAAUAAUUUUGAUACUGAUAAAAGACAUUUAGUAUACAUAAGCCCCUUAUUACAAAUAAACACCUUUUAAGUUCAUGUUAAAGAAGAAACUUAAAAGUAAUAAGAUUUCUGCAUUGAUAUUUCAGUACAUUUUGAUGACUUCUUUUGGUACGAAAUCCAUUAAGAGAUGAUAGCAAUAAUAGUAAUAAAAAUAAUAAUAAAAAAAUAAUAAAAAUAAUGAUAAAGAUACUAAUGAUGUUAAUAAUGAUAAUGAAAAUAAUGAUAAAGAUAAUAAUGAUAAUAAUGAUGAUGAAAAUAAUGAUAAUAAUGAUGAUGAAAAUAAUGAUAAAGAUAAUAAUGAUGUUAAUAAUGAUAAUGAAAAUAAUGAAGAUAAUAAUGAUAUUAUUAUUGAUAAUGGUAAUAAUGAUAAAGCCACAUCCCUUCGUUACCUAUUGUAGGAAGUCAUUUUGUUCAGAGAGGCUAAAGCCUUGUGGCCUUGUCUACAUUUUGUGUGUAUAUGUGAGGUAUCUUAAAAUGUAAGGAGAAGGAAGAAUGGAGGGAGAAAGGAAGGAAAAAAAACGAGGUGGAUAAAGUUUUUUUUUGUAUAUUAAGUCAUGGUGAUUUUUUCUUCCUUUUAACUGAACUAAUAAUAAGCAACGUGAAGGAAAAUAGUCGGGGAGGAGUGACUAGGAUCAGAAGAGAAAUGAUAUAGACUAGAUGGUACCAUAAUUAUUAUUAUACAUUUUGUGAUUGUCUUUAGUUUCAUAUUUUUUUGAAAGGAUAUUCAUAGUUCACCGUUGUGUUUAUCUUCCAGUGCCAGUUUUACUUCAGAGAAAUAUCAUGUAUUUCAAUAAUGUACAAUACUUAUCACUCUUUUACAAGUGUGGAGAAUGUACCUUGUAUAAGAAAGGUAAACAUUUUAUUGUAAUAUGAAAAUAAAGAUGAAUAGUGAGGUUGAUUCAACUUGGUGGAAUGUGGUUCUAACAAUGGAAAAAAAAAUGGUUUGUAUUAAUUAGAAGAAAGUAGUUAAUUAAAUUUGAUGAUUUAGGCAGCUACAAGAAAAUUGCCAACAGGUUAGUUUACCUUAUGUAAGAAAAAAUUCCAUACAUGUUAUGUAUACUAAGAGACAAUAGAAAGAAUGUCGUUGUGAUAAUAAAACAUACAAAGUGA